AUGGAAUUAUCUGAUAAUAAUCCAUCAAAUACUGAAGCUUUGGACAGACUAGUAAAUGCAGAAAAUAACUAUAAUUCUAGAGAAGUUCAACUCAAUACUAUGCUUAAACAAAAAGCUAGAAUAAAAUGGGUAAAAGAGGGGUCUGCCAAUAUAAGUUUCUUCCACACAAAUCUGAAGAUUAGACAAUCUGGAAAUUUUAUUAGUGAACUGGAGGACAUUAAUGGUGAUAUAAUCUCAUACCAAAACAAGAUUGCAGAUUGGUUCAACAUUUUGAGCAAAAAUUUCAGUAUAAAGCAGCAGAAGAAGUUGACUCUCUUCUUGAAGUCAUUCCAGAGAGCAUGUUGGCACAUAAUUCAUGAUGAUGUGGUUCAUGCUAUUCAGUUAUGUUGGAGAAGAAGAUUCAUUCCAAAAGGGCUUAAUUCAAACUUUCUUGUACUUCUGCUUAAAAUUGAGGGUGCAAAAUCUCCCAACCACUUUAGACCAAUUGGUCUUAGUAAUGUCAUCUUUAAAAUAAUUACCAAGAUUAUUAAUACAAGAAUGAUCUCAAUGAUGACAAAGCUUAUAACUCCUCAACAAGUGGCUUACAUUAAAGGUAGAAGUAUACAAGAGCAAAUCAUAUUAGCAUCUAAAAUGGUGAAUGAAAUGAACAAGAAAAGAAGAGGAGGUAAUGUAGCAUUAAAACUUGACAUAUCUCAAGCCUAUGAUUCAGUUAAUUUGAAUUUUCUAUUUCAAGUUAUAUGCAAAUGCAUUCAUAAAAUGUUGGAAGAAGGAAAGAUAGCUCCAAUGGUUAUAAGAAAAGAGAUACAUCCAACACAUUUGUUCUUUGCUGAUGAUGUUUUCAUUUUCUGCAAUAAUGCUAAGAAAAGUGUAGAAAAUCUGAUGAUGUUGCUGGAUAAGUAUCAAAAAGGAUCUGGUCAAGUAAUUAAUAAAGCAAAAAGUGAAACACCUUUAAUUGAGAAGACUGAACUAGCUGAUUAUGCAAAACAAAAUUUAACCAUGAAAGUAUCAGAUCUUAUUAAAGAUGGUAAAUGGAGCAUUCUUUCAUAG